ACCCUAUCGAUCGCCUCACCAUCGAUCUUUCGGACGAUGCUAACCUGCAUGACUGUUCUAUCUACAUCCAAUCACAACUACACGAACUGAAGGACGUGCAUCCUGGUUUGGAAGAUGGGAUCGGGGAAGAAGAUACAUUAGUCCAAAGCAUACGGGAGCGGGCGGGCGGCCUGUUCAUUUGGAUCAGUACUGUCUUUGAUUACAUGAAGGUCAGCAGUAGUGAUGCUGUGAAGAUGCUGAAGAACCUGCUGGAUGAAGAUCUCAACCGAUCAAAGGCAUCCGCUGAGGAAAUGAUGGAUAGGCUGUAUGCGAGUAUUUUGGAGAAGUGUAACUGGAACGAUGAUGAUUUCGUGCAUGACUACUCGAUCGUGAUGGGAGCAAUUUUAAUUGCACAGAAGCCACUGUCUGUUGCGGCCUGGGAUGCUAUCCUCUCACCACUGCUGGAGUCGGAUGUCCGAUAUACAUUAGCUCAACUUUCACCUCUCGUCUCAGGAAUAAGGGAUCCUGGCAAGCCAAUUCGUAUUCUGCACCAAUCCUUUCGUGACUUUCUCAUGGACCGUGUUGAUCCACAAUCACCCAUACUUGGUCGAUUUGGAGUGGAUGCGAGGAGGGAGAACAAUAGAGUGGCCCUGCGCUGCAUCGAAAUCUUGAAUAAAGAUCUUCCCACUAUGAAGGAUUUGGGGCUGAUUGAGGACUUACCCCAAAAAGCUAAGCUGCCCCCCAUUCCUCAAGAAGCGCUGUCUGAACAUGUCCAUUACGCAUGUCGGCAUUUCAUGCAUCAUCUCAACCAAACUCAGGAGCCACUGGAGGUGCCCAAUGGGCCUAUUCACGCAUUUCUCAACAAGCAAAUAUCGCGCUGGGUGGAAGUCUGUGUGAGGACAGAAGGGUAUAUCAGUAUAUCAUUGUUCCCUGAAUGGGCCAAGUUGAACGUUGAUCGGGCCUCCAAAGAAGUCAUUCACAUGUUGGUCAAAGUGUUUGGCAAUGUGAAUGGGAAUCUUGCAUUCUUUUUAAGAUUGCAGGAGGCAUAUGAGUUGGCAAGUGAUUCGGUUGCACUGUGCCAUUCCCUUGUGUCUGUGGACUCAGAGUCCUACACCCCGGAGCUGGCUCAAGCACUCUGGAAUCUUUUUGUAUCACUCACCAACCUUGGACAACAUUCUGAGGCACUCACGGUGAUUGAAGAAAGUGUGCAACUCUGGCGUGAGCUAGUUGCCAUCCAUCCAACAUCAUACACCCCAGAUUUGGCUGGAGCGCUCCGGAAUCUUGGAGUAUCACUCGACAAAGUUGGACGCCAUUCCAAGGCACUCACAGCGAUCGAAGAAAGUGUGCAACUCUGGCGUGAGCUAGUUGCCACCCAUCCAACAUCAUACACCCCAGAUUUGGCUGGAGCGCUCCAGAAUCUUAAAGUAUCACUCGACAAUGUUGGACGCCAUUCCGAGGCACUCAUGGUGAUUGAAGAAAGUGUGAAACUCUGCCGCGAGCUGGUUGCCACCCAUCCAACAUCAUACACCCCAGAUUUGGCUCAAGCGCUCCGGAAUCUUAAAGUAUCACUCGACAAAGUUGGACACCAUUCCGAGGCACUCAUGGUGAUCGAAGAAAGCGUGCAACUCUGGCGCGAGCUGGAUGCCACCCAUCCAACAUCGUACACCCCAGAUUUGGCUCAAGCACUCCGGAAUCUUCAAGUAUCACUCAACAAAGUUGGCCGCCAUUCCGAGGCACUUACAGUGAUUGAAGAAAGUGUGCAACUCUGGCGCGAGCUAGUUGCCACUCAUCCAACAUCAUACACCCCGGAUUUGGCUGGAGCGCUUGGGAAUCUAGAUGCAUCCCUCACCAACCUUGGAAGACAUUCUGAGGCACUCCUUGUGAAUGAAGAGAGUGUGAAGCUCUGGCGCAAGUUGGUUGCCACCCAUCCAGCAUCAUACACCCCAGAUUUGGCUCGAUCUCUCCGGAAUCUUAAAGUAUCACUAGACAAAGUUGGACGCCAUUCCGAGGCGCUCACGGUGAUCAAAGAAAGUGUGCAACUCUCACGCGAGCUAGUUGCUGCCCAUCCAACCCCAUACAUCCCAGAUUUGGCUCGAGCGCUUGGGAGUCUAGAUGCAUCACUUACCAACCUUGGACAACAUUCUGAGGCACUCCUUGCAAAUGAAGAAAGCGUGAAGCUCUGGCGCGAGCUAGUUGCCACCCAUCCGGCGUCAUACACCCCAGAUUUGGCUCGAGCGCUCGGGAAUCUUGUAAUAUCUCUUGACAAUCUUGGACGCCGUUCUGAGGCGCUCCUCGUAAGUGAAGAAAGGCUCAGACUCCUGCACCAGUAGUUAUCAUUUAUCUGAUAUCAUCCACUCCGGGUUCGACAUGAUCAGUCUGCAGUCUCGCUACCGUGUGUUUUUGGCGUAGCCUUGGUAAUGUAGACUCCACCUGUUUUCAUGCCUAGGGCCGCGGGUCAGGAGCCAAUAUUAUACUAUCACUGACUUCAUUCCCAAUCCUCUGAUGCUUGUACAUGUCUUGGAAGAUGCAAGAAGCGAGCAUGUCGUCAACCCCAUGUAAGCGUCCGGAGUUAUAUGUAUAUCACGCGGCGUGUCCGGGACAAUCACCCAGUUUGAAUACCGGUCCACAAGGCUGAACUCUGCUUCACCAUCGUUAUAUCCCCAUCAUCCCUCCCCGAGACAUACGGAAACA